AUGAAUGAUAUCGAGGUGCAGACGGAGGAAAUCGAAGAACCCGGCCCAAAUCCGGCAGAAGAGGAUUUAAUCCGGCUUCAAUCUUCUAUGUGCGAGAUUCAGGAAGACUUCACGCGAGAGCGCCAAAUGCUCAAAGAUCAGAUCGCACAGCUUCAGGCGCAAGUUCUGGCUGCCGAGAAAUUGAACGAAGAGGCCGGCCAAAGUCAUCAUAAAGAUGGCGACGUGAUGGUCGCACCGGAGCACUCAAGCCCUCAAGUACCGCAGAUUGAGAAGAAAACCGAAACCUCAGAUACUGGUUUGAUAAGUGUUACCGAAAAGCCCCUACCACCCCCACCACGCUCGUCCAGCGCGGCGGAUGGAGGCAUACCCGACCCUACCUUGCAGAAAAACGAAAUCAUUAUCAACGAAACUGAACGCCUCAGCAUAACGAAUCCAGCCUUUGAACCGGAUGUGGACUCGUCGAGCAGCUCGGAACCGCCGCCGAAGCCUGAGCGAAAUGUUUCUGCAGUGGAACCAUGGACACCCGCAAAACCGAUCAAAUCUUCGAUAAUAUCUUCAACCUCCGAAAGUGACCAAGAAGCCUCCCCGGAAAAGACAGAAGACGCUGAGGAGCCAGUCGAUGUCUCAGACGAAGUGCCACAAGAAGAAGUGAUUACGGGCAAUGAUACCGGAGAAGAAACUCAAGCACCACCGGCGACUCCAGUCCCUGAUUAUCCAUCUGAUGAUAAGGUCGAUAAUGAAGAACCUACUCCAAGCGAAGUCGUCAAACCCUUCGAAGACGACUUCGCGAAUUUCACAGUGCUGCGAAAGAGCUCUAAAGCGGAGUCCGAAAAAGAUUCAUUCGGAUUUACGGAAGAUUUCGGGCCCACGAAAAAUGACAACACAUUUGGCAUGGACGAAUUCGUUCCUGUGAUCGAUUCAAGCAAGCCUGCAACAGUCGAGAAGGUCGACUGGGGAAUAUCAAGCUCAGAAGAUGAAGGUGGCGAUUCGAAAAACGCAAUAACUAUUGAUGAUCCAUUCAAAGACGAUCCAUUCAGCUCUCCGGCCGAUGUCCUGAAUAAUGAGGAAGUCACGCCAGAGAGUGAGACGAAAACAAGUCAAGACGAUCAAUCAACAGGAGAUGAUAAGGCGGAUACAAGUGAAAACCAGCCAGCAUCUGAUAGUCAAAUUCAUCAAAUGCUUCAAUUCUUCAACAAAAAAUACGAAGAAAAUACGGGCUCGAAUAAAAGUCCCGAAAUACCGAUCCCAAAAGUGGAGAAAAUUCAACUCGAGCCUGCGCCCGUAGAGAGUACAGAACCGGAAGAAAAAGAGCCGGACGAUAACUCGCCCCAAGAGGUUGAGGAAGAGACUCAAGUUGAGGAGACGGCUGCGAUGGAAAAGGCCUGGGAGUCAGAUUCUACUGACGACGAGCAGAAAACGCAAAUAUCAACAAAGGGCUCGAAAGUUCUGAUGGCGAAAAAGAUCACCUUGGAAUCCACUGACGACGAAGUCGGCCUUACAGAGCUCGACACAGAUAUGGAAAACGAUGGGGGCUCCAUCAUUCCAGACGCGAGUCAGUCAACCGUCGCUGAUCAUGAUGAUCGAAGUGACUUUCUAAAGUCCAUGGAACAGGAGCUGCAAGAGAUCCAGAAACAUCAUUCUCUUGGCGCUCGGUCCCUUGGCAACGUCCCAGAAAUUCCGAUAUCUGAACAGCUGAGCGCCGCAAAAUGGAACUUAUCGGACUCUGACGAUAACAACGACGAGGAACCGGGUGCUGUCGCAGUCGCUCUUUCUGAUUCAUCGUCGGAAGAGGACAAUAACGAAGGUUCACCAGUAAUAAAAUCUUCAUCUGUCGGGGAUAGUCUUAUUGGCUCGUCAGGUUUCACAUUUUCGUCGAAUUUCGAAUCCGCUGCUCCCGUCAAGAAAAUGGCCCCCGUGGCAAUAUCGCGGACGAGCUCAAGAUCGUCUUCUUGUGAUUCCUUCUCAUCGUCCUAG